AUGGAUCACUCCAUCAAACCACCACCAGCUGCCGGCGCCGCCGCGUCCUCGUCCCGCAGAUGGGUACUCGCCACCUCCAUGUGCUCACUGGCGUGCAUCUUCCUCCUCUCCGCCGGCAUCCUCCUCGCCGCCGCCGGCUACCGGCGGCCGUUCCAGCCGCGCACGGCGGCGGCGUGGGACCGGUUCUCCAGGGUGCAGCAGAAGGCGGCCCCGGCGUCGCCGCCACCGCUGCCCCGUACUGGCUCGCACUCGCACCAUGCUGCGCCGGCGCCUGCGCCAGACGCGAUCUCACCAUCAGCAGGCGGCGGCCCUGCUGAUGCUUGGAGCCCGGAGGACGAGGAGGAGGAGGAGGAGGCCGGACCGCCGCCUGCACCGGCCCCGGCCCUGGCCCCGGCGCCGUCUGAUGAAGCAGGGGAGGACGACGAGGACGCGCAGUGCGACUUGUUCGACGGGGAGUGGGUGGAGGAACCGGCGGGGUCGUACCCGCUGUACGACGCGGCGGAGUGCCCGUUCCUGAGCGACCAGGUGGCGUGCCGCCGGAACGGCCGCCCGGACUCCGGCUACGAGCGGUGGCGGUGGCAGCCCAAGCGAUGCGGCGGCCGGACGAGGCUGGGCGGCCCGGAGGCGCUGGAGCUGUGCCGGGACAAGCGGCUGGUGCUGGUGGGCGACUCGCUGAACCGCAACAUGUGGGAGUCGCUCGCCUGCAUCCUCUACGCGGCGGUGCCGGACCGGUCGCGGACGCGCAUCGUCGACGACGCUGGCUCCGAGUACAGGAUCUUCCGCGCCAUGGAUUAUAAUUGCUCCGUGGAGUUCUUCUGGAGCCCCUUCCUCGUAAAGCUCGAAACAAAAGACGACCGGACCAAGGCGCUCAUGCUGGACCAGCUGCCGCCUAUGUUGCAGCGGACGCUCGGUGCUGACGUCCUCAUCUUCAACACCGGCCACUGGUGGACUCACACAGGCAAACUCAGGGCGUGGGAUCAUCUCGAGUGGGACGGCAAGAUGGUGCAGAUGGCUGGAGAGGAAGCCUUCGAUGGAGCAUUGAGGACCUGGGCUAGGUGGGUCGACUACAAUAUAGACCCUAGCAGAACCAGAGUAUUCUUCCGAAGUGUCUCACCUGAACACAAGAGGUGCAUAUUUCGAACAACAAUUGAAAAGACACAUCCAACUACUUUAUCACUUACUACAUCCCUUCUAUCAUGCAGCGUAAAUUGGUGUUACAACCAAACGGCUCCUAUCUCCAAGGGGGACGGAAACAUCGCUCCAUCGUUUCCAAAAAGUUUGAUAAACAUUAUCGAGAAAAACAUCAAGAUGAUGAAAACGCCUAUUGUAUAUAUGAACAUCACUCGUCUCUCCGAGCUCCGAAUUGAUGCACACCCAUCAAUUUACACAAUUACUAGGGAAGGAAAACCACUUAGCAAAGAGCAGCUGCAGCAACCACUGACAUAUAGUGACUGCAGCCACUGGUGCCUACCAGGGCUACCAGAUACAUGGAACGUGCUUCUGUUUAACUUCCUGAUUAGACCUCUCCCAAGUAUAUAA